GUUUUCAGUCAACUUACCUGGUAAAAUAAGGUCUAGAUAAAUAAAAUACAUUCACGAGAAAUGCUCUAACAUUGUGAUUGUUCUAACAUUUAAACGCGCCAUAUUCAAUGAGUGUUGGCCACUCUGCCCCAGUGGCCUCUGCCUUGAGGUAAACAAUGGAAAAACAACCAAAUGAUUAACGUUACAACCAUGUUUUCUGACAGUCUCCAAUCCAUCAGAACGGUAGGAGAUAACAGUUUGUAUAAACUCACUAGAAGGCGGAGUUAAAGGAACAUAAAUUAGGUCACAAUAAUCAUAGUGACAUAGUGACAUAGUGACAUAGUGACAUAGUGACAUAGUGACAUAGUGACUAGCAGCAGCAGCUGAGUGGAGAGGAGGUGUUUCCCUCUGUCUAAACCUGCAACCAAGGGGUUAAAGUCUGUUCCAUAAACUCUCCCGUGCUUCAAGAAUAUCCUUGUGCAGGCUUUAAAUACUGAUUUGACCAAUCACAUUUUACACACAGCCUGCCACUGAGAAAAUAACUUACUACUACUACUACUAGCCCAUAGCUUGCACUGCCUCCUCACACUUUACCACAGCUUCCAGCUAGGUAACACACCACAGCACAGACACGAUGGGAACUGUGAGAAUGUUACUCUUCUCCGUUAUACUGUCACCGUGGGUGCUCUCCUUGACUGGGAAACACUUUAACCAGGAUUCAACGCUCCGACUGAAACAACAGGAUGUAUUGUUCGAUAGAGAAGUGUAUCUGGAAGCAAGGAGGUCUAAGAGAGAGGCAGCAGCGUUGUGGCUGGGAGAGGACUAUGACUCCAGAAUGGUCUUCCUGCCUGCUGAUGAACCAGACGAUGCCCCAGCCUCAGAGCUGCCCACAUGCCUGCUGUGUGUGUGUUUGACCGGCUCUGUGUACUGUGAGGAAGUUGUUCCUGAGAUGACUGCUGUGCCAACCCUGCCCAAGGAGACUGCCUACCUCUACGCCCGAUAUAACAAGAUCAACAAGAUCACCAAUAAAGACUUCGCAGAUAUCGUGACUCUGAAGAGAAUCGACCUGACGGGAAACCUGAUCUCUGAGAUCCAGGACGGAGCAUUCUCCAAGCUUAACCUAUUGGAGGAACUCAAUUUGGCUGAGAACCAUCUGGUCAAGCUGCCCAUGCUGCCCGGCAAGCUCACAACCUUCAACGCCAACCACAAUCAGCUCAAAACCAAAGGGGUCAAGGCCAACGCCUUCAAGAAACUGAGGCAGCUGGUUAACCUGUUCCUCGGAGACAAUGAGCUGGAGGCUGUGCCAGUGAUCCCUGAGAGCGUCCGCAUGAUUCACCUACAGAACAACAACAUCACUGAUGUCACCUCCGACACGUUCUGUAAUGGCAACAACACGUACUACAUCAGACCCAACCUGAUAGAGGUGAGGUUGGAUGGGAACCCAGUGCUGCUGUCCAAGUCCCCCGACAGCUUCACCUGCCUCAAGUCUCUCCCCGUCGGAAAGUACCGCUAAACAGAAGACUCCCUGGGGAAAGGGAUUUCGCUAACUUUUCCAAAAUUCCCAGGUUUUCCAGAAAUCCUAGUUUCUUGAAUGAGUAGGGAAUAAACAGGGAAUCCGGAAUACUCCAAACAGGAUUUCUGUAUAACUAGGGGAUUUAGGAAAAGUUUUCCAAUGUUAAUGGACUUCCUGGUUAUUAAAUAACAUUACAGUAGUAAAACAGACAGCUUCUACAGGGCUUUCAGCCAGACAGACACAUACUGAAUAGAUUCAACGCAAUUCCCUAAUCUACUUGACCUAGACAAGACCAUCUGAUAUGACUGGUCGUCUACACAAUACAUUCCAUUUCUGUCUGAACGUUUCUUCUGUAAAAGAUUGUGCCCAGGUCUUUCUCAGUGUCUUUCAGAAGGCUAGUGGAUUGGGACUGAAAAGUUAGCGUGUCCCAUUAGCAAGCUACGUCAGGCUUCCUCUCUGUGUGGUUUCUGAUUUAAUUUCCUUUACAUUUAGACUGGUCUUGAACAUAAACUUGAACACAUGAGCUAAAUGGUCUGAAGCCUUUGUAAAUACACCUUUUAUUCAAUGUCUGCUUCUGCAUAAUGUAUGAAUUAUGACUUCUUCAAAAUGUUGAGUCAAGCUUUUGGCUUUCUGAAUUCUGUGAAUUACCUUCAUGUAAACUAGUUCUUAAGUAGAAGUUGACAGUAAAUGUGUCUUUGAAAUACGUUGCCUGUAGUAAUGUGAACCUAAUGGGUCUCAACAUUGUAAGCUUUGAUAUUGAAAUGGUGGAAUCAGAGAUGGUAUGAUCCUUUUCUAAAGUCCUUUUAAAAAAGGAUCCUUAGGAAUUAUUACCUGUGGUUAUUACCUGUGAUUACUACCUGUGGUUACUACCUGUGGUUACUACCUGUGGUUACUACCUGUGGUUACUACCUGUGGUUAUUGCCUGUGAUUACUACCUGUGGUUAUUACCUGUGAUUACUGCCUGUGGUUACUGCCUGUGGUUAUUGCCUGUGAUUACUACCUGUGGUUAUUACCUGUGGUUAUUGCCUGUGAUUACUACCUGUGGUUACUACCUGUGGUUAUUGCCUGUGAUUACUACCUGUGGUUAUUACCUGUGAUUACUGCCUGUGGUUACUGCCUGUGGUUAUUACCUGUGGUUAUUACCUGUGAUUAUAACCUGUGAUUAUUACCUGUGGUUAUUACCUGUGGUUAUUGCCUGUGGUUAUUACCUGUGAUUAUAACCUGUGGUUAUUACCUGUGGUUAUUACCUGUGAUUAUAACCUGUGAUUAUUACCUGUGGUUAUUACCUGUGGUUACUACCUGUGGUUAUUGCCUGUGAUUAUAACCUGUGAUUAUAACCUGUGGUUAUUACCUGUGGUUAUUACCUGUGGUUAUUGCCUGUGGUUACUACCUGUGAUUACUACCUGUGAUUAUUACCUGUGGUUAUUACCUGUGGUUAUUACCUGUGAUUAUUACCUGUGGUUAUUACCUGUGAUUAUUACCUGUGAUUAUUACCUGUGGUUAUUACCUGUGAUUAUUACCUGUGAUUACUACCUGUGAUUAUUACCUGUGGUUAUUACCUGUGAUUAUUACCUGUGAUUAUUACCUGUGGUUAUUACCUGUGAUUAUAACCUGUGAUUAUUACCUGUGGUUAUUACCUGUGGUUAUUGCCUGUGGUUAUUACCUGUGAUUAUAACCUGUGGUUAUUACCUGUGGUUAUUACCUGUGAUUAUAACCUGUGAUUAUUACCUGUGGUUAUUACCUGUGGUUACUACCUGUGGUUAUUGCCUGUGAUUAUAACCUGUGAUUAUUACCUGUGAUUAUUACCUGUGGUUACUACCUGUGAUUAUUACCUGUGAUUAUUACCUGUGAUUAUUACCUGUGGUUACUACCUGUGAUUAUUAGCUGUGAUUAUUACCUGUGGUUACUACCUGUGAUUAUUACCUGUGGUUACUACCUGUGAUUAUUACCUGUGAUUAUUACCUGUGGUUACUACCUGUGAUUAUUACCUGUGGUUACUACCUGUGAUUAUUACCUGUGGUUACUACCUGUGAUUAUUACCUGUGGUUACUACCUGUGGUUACUACCUGUGAUUAUUACCUGUGGUUACUACCUGUGGUUAUUACCUGUGGUUACUACCUGUGGUUAUUACCUGUGGUUACUACCUGUGGUUAUUACCUGUGGUUAUUACCUGUGAUUAUUACCUGUGAUUAUUACCUGUGGCUACUACCUGUGAUUAUUACCUGUGGUUAUUACCUGUGAUUAUUACCUGUGGUUACUACCUGUGAUUACUACCUGUGGUUACUACCUGUGAUUAUUACCUGUGGUUACUACCUGUGAUUACUACCUGUGAUUAUUACCUGUGAUUAUUACCUGUGGUUACUACCUGUGAUUACUACCUGUGAUUAUUACCUGUGGUUACUACCUGUGAUUAUUACCUGUGGUUAUUACCUGUGGUUACUACCUGUGGUUACUACCUGUGAUUAUUACCUGUGGUUACUACCUGUGGUUACUACCUGUGAUUAUUACCUGUGAUUACUACCUGUGGUUACUACCUGUGAUUAUUACCUGUGGUUACUACCUGUGAUUAUUACCUGUGGUUACUACCUGUGGUUACUACCUGUGAUUAUUACCUGUGGUUACUACCUGUGGUUAUUACCUGUGGUUACUACCUGUGGUUAUUACCUGUGGUUACUACCUGUGGUUAUUACCUGUGGUUAUUACCUGUGAUUAUUACCUGUGAUUAUUACCUGUGGUUACUACCUGUGAUUAUUACCUGUGGUUAUUACCUGUGAUUAUUACCUGUGGUUACUACCUGUGAUUACUACCUGUGGUUACUACCUGUGAUUAUUACCUGUGGUUACUACCUGUGAUUACUACCUGUGAUUAUUACCUGUGAUUAUUACCUGUGGUUACUACCUGUGAUUACUACCUGUGAUUAUUACCUGUGGUUACUACCUGUGAUUAUUACCUGUGGUUAUUACCUGUGGUUACUACCUGUGGUUACUACCUGUGAUUAUUACCUGUGGUUACUACCUGUGGUUACUACCUGUGAUUAUUACCUGUGAUUACUACCUGUGGUUACUACCUGUGGUUACUACCUGUGAUUAUUACCUGUGGUUACUACCUGUGAUUACUACCUGUGAUUAUUACCUGUGAUUAUUACCUGUGGUUACUACCUGUGAUUACUACCUGUGAUUAUUACCUGUGGUUAUUACCUGUGAUUACUACAUGUGAUUAUUACCUGUGGUUAUUACCUGUGAUUAUUACCUGUGAUUAUUACCUGUGGUUACUACCUGUGAUUACUACCUGUGAUUACUACCUGUGGUUACUACCUGUGAUUAUUACCUGUGGUUACUACCUGUGGUUACUACCUGUGGUUAUUACCUGUGAUUAUUACCUGUGGUUACUACCUGUGGUUAUUACCUGUGGUUAUUACCUGUGGUUACUACCUGUGGUUAUUACCUGUGAUUAUUACCUGUGGUUACUACCUGUGGUUACUACCUGUGGUUACUACCUGUGGUUACUACCUGUGAUUAUUACCUGUGGUUACUACCUGUGGUUAUUACCUGUGGUUACUACCUGUGAUUAUUACCUGUGGUUACUACCUGUGGUUACUACCUGUGGUUAUUACCUGUGGUUACUACCUGUGAUUAUUACCUGUGGUUACUACCUGUGGUUAUUACCUGUGGUUACUACCUGUGAUUAUUACCUGUGAUUAUUACCUGUGGUUACUACCUGUGGUUAUUACCUGUGGUUACUACCUGUGAUUAUUACCUGUGGUUACUACCUGUGGUUAUUACCUGUGGUUAUUACCUGUACAGUAAAACCCCCAAAUUGUA